AUGUAUUUUUGUCAAACAAAUCAAAGUUAUCAUUGUCAAGCACCAGUUAAUCCUUCAAUAUCCAAUCAAAUCAGCACACCUCUUUCAUAUUCUCAAAGCUAUUCGUAUAAAGAUAAUCAUCCUUCAUGUACAAACUCUUAUCGAUCUCAAACACAAAUGACAGAAUCAGAAAUAAAUUAUAUUAUUAACAGGAAUAGAAUUGUGUCUAGUUCUGCUAUAGCACGAGCUAUAACUAAUGCUAGUAAUGGUGAAUACUGUAGUGCAAUUGAAACUUUGAAUAUAGCCAUAGCAUUAAUCGAAGAUUCUAAGGUGGCUAACGAUGAACGCAGUAAAAUAUUAGUGUGUACGUUGUAUAAUACAAUAUAUGGAAUUCAAAACAAAGUGGUUAAAAAAAAGAAAGAGUUGACUAGAUCACCUUCGGAUAGAUUAUAUAAGAGAUCAAAACGUGAACAUAAUUAAUCUAAUGAAUAGGUAUGAUUACAUGAUUAGAAGGUAUACG